AUGCAGGACUGCUCCUACGCCACGAGACUAGGCACCAAGCUUCUGGUGUUGGCCGCUACGGUUUUGAAGAACCCUUCCUGCCACCUGUUUACGAACUAUAACAAACCCGUGCAGAAUAAUUUCAAUCUAGGAAAUGCUACGUCUGCCGCCCCAACAUUCUUUCCGACUAAACAGGUUACUCCACUGGGUACGUUUCAAGAUGCGGGCCUUUUGGAGAACGAUCCGGUCAGCACCAUGGUGUCAGAAGCGAAGACGCUCUAUCCGUCGUCACGGACCGAUUUAAUCGUAUCUUUAGGCACCGGAACGAUCCUAGACGCCGACUUCGCACAAGGUGCUUAUACCGCCCAGCCUCGGAAGGCUUCUUUUCGCAUUCAGGAUCUGAUCUGGGAGAAGUCAAGGGAUAAGCAGGUUUGUCAAGCGUUCGCCCAUUAUCCUCAGUACCACUGUCUAGAUCACGAAAUGGAUCGUGACUACGCACUUAACAACGUGAAUCAAAUGGGAAAGCUUCUAGAUAGAGUCAAGGGCGAUGAUUCGUUAACAGAGCCGAUCGAUCACCUGGCUCACUGCGCCAUCGCCUCCCUCUUUUACUUCGAGCUGAGUGGUAUGCCUUGCCGUCGAGAUGGGAAAUACAUUGGAGCCGGGUUCAUUUUGUGUUCGAUACCAGGGGUCGAUCCAGCUUUCAAAUCAUUACUUACUCGGCUUGCAUCUGGACGUGCGCAGCUGUACGUGAACGGACAACCUAUCUCUUGCACAUGGGAUGACGGCACUCACCAUGAUAAUCAUGGUAAUUUCUGCAGGCGUAUUAAAUAUGAAACUGGAGAUCAAAUCGACAUAACCAUAUGCAUGGGUGGCUCAACUGCUCCAGGUGCCCAUAUCAGCGGGCUACCAUCUGCCAUUGUUGACCUGGCGAGCGCACAAGGGUUGAACGCUUGCUUUGGAACGUCUGACCAUCGAAAACGAAAGAGGGUCGCUGAUGAUGGUGUGCGUAUUGUAAAGAAGAAAUGUUUGAUGAUGGAGCUUGACGAAUGAUACAAUGCAGUAGAGUACGGUGUCUGGACGUACAAAUACAAUACAAUCAAUAAGAGCCUCU